GAUUACACAGAGUCUGCUUAGACAGAGAAGCAACAGUCAAUGGAUCCCAAAGGUUGGCGUUUGAAACUAAAUGAUGGCCACUCCAUUCCUGUCCUGGGAUUUGGCACAUAUGCACCUGAAGAGGUUCCCAAAAGCAAAGCUACGGAGGCCACCGAAUUAGCUAUAGAUGCUGGGUUCCGCCACAUUGAUUGUGCUCAUUUGUACAACAAUGAAAAGGAAGUUGGACAGGCCAUCCGAAGCAAAAUUGAAGAUGGCACUGUGAAGAGAGAAAACAUAUUCUACACUUCAAAGCUUUGGGUCACUUUCCUUCAACCACAGUUGGUCCAGCCAGCCUUGGAAAGAUCUCUGAAAAAUCUUCAACUGGAUUAUGUCGAUCUCUAUAUUAUUCAUUCUCCAGUGGCUCUGAAGAGAAAAGAGUUCAACAAUCUCAAAUCCUCUGCCUCAAAAACUCAAGGAAAUAAACAUAGGAAUACUCAACAUGCAUUCCUGAUUAUGAAUCCUGUGUCUCUUGGGGCUGUCAGGAACACAAAGGUUCACACAGCUGUGCCAGGGGAGGAACUUCUUCCCAAAGAUGAACAUGGAAAACUAAUGUUUGACACAGUGGAUCUCUGUGCUACAUGGGAGGCCAUGGAGAAGUGUAAAGAUGCAGGAUUGACCAAGUCCAUUGGGGUGUCCAACUUUAACCGCAGGCAGCUGGAGAUGAUUCUGAACAAGCCAGGGCUCAAGUAUAAGCCUGUCUGCAACCAGGUGGAAUGUCAUCCUUAUCUCACCCAGAGGAAACUGUUGGAUUUCUGCAAGUCAAAAGACAUAGUCCUAGUUGCCUAUAGUGCUUUGGGAACACAACGUCUAAAACAAUGGGUAGACCAGAGCUCCCCAGUCCUCUUGGAGGAUCCAGUUCUUUGUGCCAUGGCAAAAAAGUACCAGCGAACUCCAGCACUGAUUGCCCUUCGCUACCAGCUACAGCGUGGGGUUGUGGUUCUGGCCAAGAGUUAUAAUGAGAAGCGGAUCAAAGAGAAUGUGCAGGUUUUUGAAUUCCAGUUGACUUCAGAGGACAUGAAAGUCUUAGAUGACCUAAACCGAAAUCUUCGGUAUUUUUCUGCACAAAUGCUUGCUGACCACCCUGAAUAUCCAUUUUGUGAUGAAUAUUAACAUGGAGACCUUUGUCCUCAAUUCUCCCAGAAGCCCUGUGUGCAGAUAAUGAGAUAAGAAAUGUCUCGGAUGUUGAGAAUUGGACACAUCAGCAUGGGUUCCUUCCAUGCUGCUUAGCAACUCAUACUCAGCAAGACUUAAUUCCAUAGGUCAGGAAGGAAAUGCACUUUAUUUUUUCACUUCUUGUAAAAAUUAAAGAUUUUUGUCCCAAAUAUCUUGCCUA